AAUGAAGGAAAAAUAAAAGAUAAAGAUAAUAAAGAAAAAAAAAAAUUUAUUUAACUAAUAAAAAUCCAAAUACAAUAAGAAAAAGAUCUAGUUUUUUUUAUUCCCCCACAAGCAAAGAUGUUAAGACCAUAGAAGUUUUGGUUGUCCUAAUUAUGAAAAUAAAUUAGUUCAGCAGUUACGGUAAUAAGCAAAAUUAAUAAUUGUUAGAAUGUAAUCGUUACCUGUUUUAAUGAUUACAUAGAAUCAUUUUACUACAAAAUUACUUAUCAGAGACAAUGUAAGUUACGACAUAUGAAUAAUCUCACAUCUUAUAUUACUAAAUUGCGUGGCAGAUGAACACGUCUGAACGUGUAAAAGUCUAUGAGGAUUAGAUGCCUGAACAUUUUCUUAAUAAGCGCAAAAGCUGACUAAUGCACAGCCAAUUAAUUUCUAAUGACUCUUGAGAAAAAAUGACCGGAUCGUUACCCUCGUCGACCUUCACUAUAUCUGUAUGUACGUAAUAGGAGGCGUACAGGAUGUUUGAUAUAAGUAAUAUAUAUCUGGCAGAAGGUAUAAGGUCAGCAGCAGUUGCAACUAUAAGGUCAGUUGCACAUUGUGCGUAUUGCAUUCUGUAGUUUCCAGGACUGUCAGUGGUAGCAGAAACGUAGGUCAGCUGGAGGUGUGGCUGGUUCAGGUAUCUUUGGAAAGUAAAUUGAAAGCAAUCGAUGAAUCACGGUAAAAGUAGCAAGUGUAAUCAAAGCGAUAGUAAAAGCAAGUAAUACUGGGUAUACAUAUGUAUAUAUACACGUAUAUUCGAAUCGUAUUUUAUCGGAUUCGUUAUCUGGCAAUAAAUAUUCUAUGAUUACUCCUACUAAAUGUCAAUCAUUUUAAUAGUGGAAGUCAUAAUUUCUAUAAGUCGUACAAGAUGAUAUGUUCUUUAUAACUUUUAGGAAAAUCGUUAUCGCGGCUGAUCUAUAGAAUAAUUUUUUCUUAAUUUAUUUGAUGAAAAGGUAUAGAUUAAGUAUUGUUACUCAUCAACGAAUUCUAUUUGGCGUUUGAAUAAUCUCAUAGAUUGCUGGGGACUUGUCGAUAAUUAAUAUUUAGCUCGAUUAAUAAAUGAUUGCCAGUUAUUAAGAUUGACGUGAGAUGACGCCACGCGGGUUAUUCUGUUUCUAGUUAUAGCGUCGGUACGCUAUAUAUGAAAUCUCGAGCAAUAUCGUGGAUACAAUAACAGUUGUAUAUCUUACACAACCUAAUAUUUCUAUUAAACGUUUAUUUGACCGCGGGCGAUGACCAAAACCUUCACUCACGUCUAAGGUAUUUGUAAGAGGUUUUUUGUAUUGUGUUAAUGUUAUUCCGGACCACGAGUAUAACCCUGGAAUUCCUUGUCGGGACAUAUGAUAAGUGUUACACAUGUGUCUAUUUUAGAUUGAUUCUUUGAUGAUAAGAAUUAAGAAUUAAAUAAUUAUAACAUGUAACUUAAUCGAAUUGUUAUAACAAUAAUUGUUGUGAUAUUAUUAACGCAGACUUAAAGUAACGUACACUGUUAUAUGGUGAAAUUAUUUUCCUUGAUAUAUGAUGAUUGUUCGGAUCGGAUUCAGAUUACGGAAGAUAAACAAGUAGGGGGUAACGUAAAAUUAUUUAAUAUAGUGAAGGAUAAUCGAUAAAACGAUGUAAUGUUGUCGCAAUAAUUGUGCAACAUUCGAAAGCUGCAUGGUCGAAGCAGGUUUUGGCGGAGUCAGUGAUUCGCGAAACAUUAUGCGCGCGCAGUGUCAACUUGAAAUUACUGUCGGUAAAACCCGGAACCGGAUAUUACAUUUUAAAACUGAAAAUAUAUACCAGUCGAUUUAUGUUAAUAUUAUACAGUGUGAAAAUAAGACUGCUUGUAAUCUCAUCCAUCAGGAAUUGGUGCAUUGUCUUGACCUCCAAUGUGUUCUCAGCUCCGUGUUAGACAAUAUAUGUAUAUAUAUGUGGAUCCGGCUUGGAGAAGUGGAAUUUCGCACGUCAAUGGUUCACUCGCAUUUUAUCGCCCUUGAAGGCGGACACAUUAGCCUCGUGGAAGUCUGGACUGCGUUCCGUUGACGAGACCGGCAAGAUCCAGCAUCCGCGUCCAACGUUCUUACCAAAAAAGAAAGGAACUCAUGGGAACCUUGAUGAGCCAAAUCUAAAGAAAAGAAAUGUAGCAGUUCUUCUCCUAUUUCUUCCUGGUAUUUCAAGAGACACCUCUUCCCUUGCUGAUCCAUCUUGUUGUGCAACCAUACAGUCCAGUUCUGUGUAUACUAGUAAGCGGGUAUUUCCAUGGCGACAGAGUCCACUUCAAUGGUGUUCCAUUCAAGUCGAUUUAAUGAUGAAAUCCAUUGAAAGUGAACUUCAGCCAAGUAGUAGGAUACUAAUGAAAUUUACGAAGGCCGUACAAAUCAAUUGACUCACAUCUGAAUCAGUGCCAAUUGUUAAACUAAAAGAUAUCCGUGAUAAAAAGUAUUAGCUGGUCGUGUGCCUGAGUUAUAUGUAUUAAUUUGAGGCAACUGAAUGGAUAUAUUGUCAAAAGCAUCAAACAUCUUACUAUCAACCUACACACGCUGAGGAGAUGUAAAAAGGAAGACGAACAUAACUUUCUGUAUGGACCACCAAGGGGGCCAUAGCUAGAAAAACGAUUGGAAAUUAUCUAAGACAUUUUAGAAAAUAUACGACGUAGUAACAUUCAACAAUUUCGUGAAGAAGUCUAAUAUCAUCAGGGUUCUUUAAUCUUGUCUAAAGAUCAUCUUCAUCGAUGACGGGAAAUUGUGAUAUGGGGUUGAAUGAAUUAGGAUAGGCCAGGGAAACUAGUCCUGCCGGCUAGGUGACGUCGACCGAUUAUGAAGCGCGUUUGCAGGAAUGAAACAAAUAGGCCGGCGACUUUCACCGUUGCUACGCUCUUGGCCCAACGAGUCCCCAGAGUGGGAGACCACAGCGUGUUCUCUGUGUUACCAGGAGUGGGAGUGAGUUGGGGACAACAGGGUAGAUAUCCUCGAAGUAGUGGAAGCAAGAUGGAGAUUGAAAAUCCACUACUAGUAUGGAGAGAGGAGAGUGCCGUGAAUGCCGAGAGGAACGAGAGGUGCGAUUCCUGCCUCUUUACUUCGAGCAGCAGACCUGCCAGACUUACUUCCACCGGACUUGUUAGACAGUCUCGUGCUACGUGCUUUUUUUAUCAUACCAAAAGACAAACUAAUUUCUAUUUAAUUUCAUAAAGUUUCCCGACGAAAAGAUCAUCAUUUUGUUUCUUGGAUCUCUGUGUGAAAUAAGAGAGUUUAUUGUUCGUGCAACUUUUCUUCAGACCUUCGUCUUCUUGGGGGGUCACAAGAACUUCCCGUGGAAGAUUGUGUACCGGAAACUACGUGACCCGUGUGGAACACUUCUAGUCUCAAUUAUCAAGGAUACGGGUACUUCUUCUAAGGACUGUCGGUCGUGAUGAUUAUUUGACUGAGAUAUGUCGUGCUGACAAUGUUAGUGCCAACGUGUUCCUCUGUGCGACAUUGCACCAUUUUUAUCACUUUUAUAAUACUUUGUCAUGGUUGGAUUAUUCGAGAUGUCACAGCCGAGCAAUUCCAUUUUACGGAGAAACAGAGAUACGAUGGAUGGUAUAACAAUUUGGCGCAUCCGGAUUGGGGUUCGGUUGACAGCAGGCUGAUACGAAAAGUUCCUGCUGCUUAUUCCGAUGGAGUAUACAUGAUGGCUGGUCAAGACAGACCAUCUCCUAGAAAACUCAGUGAUCUUUUUAUGCAAGGAGAUGAUGGAAUGCCCUCGACAAAAAAUCAUACAGCACUAUUCGCAUUCUUUGGUCAAAUGGUCACUUCAGAAAUAAUAAUGGCAAGUGAGAGCGGCUGUCCAAUUGAAUUCCAUCGGAUCGAAGUUGAGAAAUGUGAUCCUGUUUUCGACAAGCAUUGCCAGGGGAAUAAAUACAUUCCAUUUUUGAGAGCCGAUUACGAUAGGCGAACAGGACGCAGUCCUAACAGUCCACGCGAACAGAUAAACAAAGUGACAAGCUGGAUAGACGGAAGUUUCAUCUAUUCGAGUAGUGAAGCCUGGACCAAUACGAUGAGAUCAUUCAAGAAUGGCAGCUUCCUGACGGAACCAAGUAAAAAGUUUCCGGUGAGGAAUACCAUGCGCGCACCUCUCUUCAAUCAUGCUGUACCAAAUGUUAUGCGGAUGCUGAAUCCGGAGCGACUUUAUCUGCUCGGUGAUCCAAGAUCUAAUCAGCAUCCGCCGUUGUUGGCUUUUGGAAUUCUCUUUUACAAGUGGCACAAUGUUAUUGCUACUAGAGUUCAGCGACAACAUCCUGACAUGUCAGAUGAAGAAAUCUUUCAGAGAGCUCGUCGAAUUGUCGUUGGAACGCUUCAGAAUAUCAUUAUGUACGAAUACCUGCCUACGCUUCUUGGUAAAGAACUUCCGGGAUAUUCAGGAUACAAACCUGAUCUGCACCCAGGAAUUAGUCAUAUAUUUCAAAGCGCUGCAUUUCGAUUCGGUCACACCUUAAUACCUCCAGGAAUUUAUCGACGCGAUGAAAAUUGUAUAUUUCGAAAAACCAAUAUGGGCGAACCGGCCAUUCGACUUUGUGCUACCUGGUGGGAUUCUAGCGAAAUACUUGCUAACAGUACUAUCGAGGAACUGCUAAUGGGUAUGACGUCCCAGCUUGCUGAGAAGGAAGACAAUCUUCUGUGUUCUGAUAUCAGAAAUAAUUUAUUUGGUCCUAUGGAAUUUUCACGACGUGAUCUUGGAGCAUUGAACAUCAUGAGAGGUCGAGACAAUGGAUUACCCGAUUACAAUACAGCUAGAGCACACUUUAAAUUACCACGUCGUAAAACCUGGAAUGAAAUAAAUCCUGCACUAUUCAAUAAGAAUCCUGAACUUUUGAGAACAUUUAUGGAAAUUUAUUCGAACAAUCUCAACAACAUUGACAUUUAUGUCGGAGGCAUGUUGGAAUCCACUGAUGGUCCUGGUGAACUUUUUACGGCUGUGAUAGAAGAUCAAUUUUUGAGAUUACGCGAUUCUGACAGAUUUUGGUUUGAGAACGAAGGAAACGGAAUAUUCACAAAGAAUGAAAUUGAAGAAAUUCGGAAGGUUUCUCUAUGGGAUAUUAUAACGAACACAACAAAUAUUCCUUCUUACACGAUACAGAAACAUGUAUUUGUAUGGUCGGAGGAUGAUCCUUGUCCUCAACCGUUUCAAUUAAAUUCAUCAAUGUUGGAAUCGUGUAUGCCAUUACAUCGUUACGAUUACUUCGAGGGUAGCGAACUCGUGUACAUUUAUGCUUGCAUUUUCCUGGGCUUUAUUCCAAUACUCUGUGCUGGCGUCGGAUAUGGUUUGGUAAAAUUACAAAACCGACGUAGGCGUCGCUUGAAAAUUCUCCAGGAAGCAAUACAGAAGCGGAACGACGGUCGUAUCUGUGUUGAUAAAAUGAUUGUGAGAGAAUGGCUCCAUGCUAAUUAUAGGAGGCUCGUUAAGGUCAAGUUCGGACCUGAGACGGCAUUACACAUAGUUAAUCGUAAAGGAGAAAAACUUCGUAGUUUUGAUUUCAAUAAUGUAAAUUCCAUCACCAUGGAAGAAUCUCAGGAAAGCGAGAGCGGUCAUCGUAAGCCGCUCGUCCUCCUGCGAAUUCCACGGGAUUACGAUCUCGUCCUUGAACUGGAUUCAUUGGGCUCGCGUAGAAAGUUCAUUACGAAAUUGGAGGCAUUUUUAACCUCGCAUAAGAAGCACUUCACGCUCAUACAGACCAACCGUGACAUUAUGCUUGCCAAGGCGGAAACAAAGGAGCGUCGGCAGAAAAAGCUCGAACAGUUCUUCCGGGAAGCAUAUGCUUUGACUUUUGGCCUAAGACCUGGAGAACGUAGAAGAAGAUCAGACGAUAGUGAUAGCGGCGAAGUUGUCACUGUGAUGAGAACUUCACUUUCAAAAAGUGAAUUUGCUAGUGCUUUGGGUAUGAGACCUGAUGCUGUGUUCGUGAAAAAGAUGUUUAAUAUCGUGGACAAGGAUGGGGAUGGCCGUAUAUCCUUUCAGGAAUUUCUGGAUACUGUCCUGCUAUUCUCCAGAGGCAAGACUGAAGAUAAACUUCGCAUUAUAUUUGACAUGUGUGACAAGGACAGUAAUGGCGUCAUAGACAAAGAGGAAUUAUCCGAGAUGCUAAGAUCUCUGGUAGAAAUUGCCAGAACUACUAGUCUCUCCGAUGAUCAUGUUACAGAAUUGAUCGACGGCAUGUUCCAGGAUGCUGGACUCGAGAGAAAGGACUAUCUGACGUAUAAUGAUUUUAAAUUAAUGAUGAAAGAGUACAAGGGAGACUUUGUGGCUAUAGGCUUAGAUUGUAAAGGAGCCAAACAAAAUUUCUUAGACACUUCUACGAAUGUCGCAAGAAUGACAAGUUUCCACAUCGAUCAACUUCCGCCGGAAACAUCAAAAAGCUGGGCACAGAAGCAAUGGGAUGGGAUGUCUACGUUUUUGGAAGAAAAUCGUCAGAACAUCUUUUACUUAUUUAUUUUCUACGUCAUCACCAUUGCUCUCUUCGUUGAAAGAUUUAUACAUUAUUCCUUCAUGGCUGAGCAUACAGAUUUGAGGCAUAUAAUGGGCGUUGGUAUAGCAAUAACAAGAGGAUCAGCAGCAGCUCUCUCAUUUUGCUAUAGUCUGUUACUACUCACAAUGUCUAGAAACUUAUUGACUAAGCUCAAAGAGUUUUCUAUUCAGCAAUACAUUCCUCUCGACUCUCACAUUCAAUUUCACAAAAUUGCUGCAUGUACCGCCUUGUUCUUCAGCGUUUUACAUACUGUCGGACACAUUGUAAAUUUUUAUCACGUCUCGACCCAGCCUAUUACUCAUCUAAGAUGUUUGACCAGCGAAGUCAGUUUUCCCAGCGAUGCUCGUCCAACCAUCUCUUUUUGGCUGUUCAGAACCGUUACGGGACUUACUGGAAUUCUAUUGUUUAUUGUAAUGACAAUAAUAUUUGUCUUUGCUCAUCCAACAAUAAGACAGAAAGCAUACAAAUUCUUCUGGAAAACACACAGUUUAUACGUACUUUUGUAUGCGUUGUCUCUGAUUCACGGAUUGGCACGACUAACCGGAGCACCAAGAUUUUGGAUGUUCUUUAUUGGUCCAGCUAUCAUUUAUGCCCUUGAUAAGGUCGUAAGUCUCAGAACGAAAUACAUGGCCCUUGACAUUAUAGAAACAGAACUUCUGCCAUCGGAUGUGAUAAAGAUAAAGUUUUACCGUCCGCCAAAUUUAAAAUAUUUAUCUGGCCAAUGGGUGCGAUUAUCGUGCACAGCUUUUCGUUCAAAUGAAUUCCAUUCGUUUACCUUAACAUCUGCACCGCAUGAGAAUUUCCUCUCGUGUCAUAUAAAAGCUCAAGGACCCUGGACGUGGAAGCUGAGGAACUACUUUGACCCAUGUAACUUUAACCCCGAGGACGAACAUCCAAAAAUUCAGAUAGAGGGUCCAUUUGGUGGUGGAAAUCAGGACUGGUACAAAUUCGAGGUGGCCGUUAUGGUUGGCGGUGGUAUCGGCGUUACACCCUACGCUUCCAUGCUCAAUGAUUUAGUAUUUGGUACAUCGACCAACAGAUAUUCUGGAGUUGCUUGUAAAAAGGUAUACUUCUUAUGGAUAUGUCCAUCUCACAAACACUUCGAAUGGUUUAUUGAUGUACUGAGAGAUGUGGAGAGAAAAGAUGUUACUGAUGUUUUAGAAAUACAUAUCUUCAUUACGCAAUUCUUUCAUAAAUUUGAUCUCCGCACUACUAUGCUCUAUAUCUGUGAGAAUCACUUCCAACGGUUAUCCAAGAAGAGUAUCUUCACAGGACUCAGAGCUAUAAAUCACUUUGGUCGACCUGACAUGACCUCAUUUCUCAAGUUUGUUCAGAAGAAGCACAGCUAUGUUAGCAAAAUAGGAGUAUUCAGCUGUGGCCCGAGGCCUCUAACCAAGAGCGUAAUGUCGGCAUGCGACGAGGUUAACAAAGGUCGACGACUUCCGUACUUCAUUCAUCAUUUCGAGAAUUUCGGUUAACCUCAGUUUGGGAAUACUAGUAAUUCUAGGUUCUCUUAAAAAUUCAAUAAAUGUACAUAUAUUGUAAGAAUGCGAGCGUGCGUAUGUGAUGUAUAUUUUAUAAUUUAUGAGUAUAUUCUUAUUUAAUGCGAGAUGACUAUUACGAUCGUAAUACGUAUCAGAGACUAGUAACUUAUUAGAUUUAAAAAAUAAAUUCUUAUUUAUCGAUA